CAGAAACCCGAUUUGUCCAGAGCGCAUAUAAACACAUCGGAGUCUAUUUGCCAGAGCUCUCUCAGCAAAUCGUAGCUUUCAGAUCCGAAGCAAAGACUAGGCACGAAUCGCGAUGGAAUCAGCAGCACGCAGAAGCGGGGGUGGCCUCUUCGAAGGUCUUUACAGAGUCAUCAUGCGGCGCAACUCCGUCUACGUCACCUUCGUCAUCGCCGGCGCCUUCCUCGGCGAGCGGGCUGUGGAUAUUGGAGUUCAUAAGCUGUGGGAGUACAAUAAUGUCGGGAAACGAUAUGAGGACAUCUCCGUUUUGGGGCAAAGACCAGUUGAUGAGUAAUUUUGUAUCAACUCUUUUGUUUUCUCUGUUUCAAUAUCUAUUGUUGAUUCCUGCAAGUUGAACUAUGCAACUAUGCAUUAGGUAGCAACUCAUUUUUGUAAUAAAAGAUGGGGCUGAUACAACUUACCUAUAAGUUUUAAGUUGAAUCGUGUGCGUUA